CUCCACAUGUCACUCUUUCAUUUUAUAUGCAGAAACCAUGUGUGAUUUUUUGAUCUUCAACAUCUUCAACAUCUUCAACAUCUUCAACAUCUUCGACACCUUCAACACCUUCAACAUCUUCAACACCUUCAACAUCUUCAACAUCUUCAACACCUUCAACACCUUCAACAUCUUCAACAUCUUCAACACCUUCAACAUCUUCAACACCUUCAACACCUUCAAUAUCUUCACCAUCUUCAACACCUACAAUAUCUUCACCAUCUUCAACACCUACAACAUCUUCAACACCUUCAACACCUUCAACAUCUUCAACAUCUUCAACACCUUCAACAUCUUCAACAUCUUCAACACCUUCAACAUCUUCAACACCUUCAACACCUUCAAUAUCUUCACCAUCUUCAACACCUACAACAUCUUCAACACCUUCAACACCUACAACAUCUUCAACACCUUCAACAUCUUCAACACCUUCAACAUCUUCAACACCUUCAACAUAUUCAACAUCUGAAAUAAAUCAUUUCCCUGGACGCUGUUAUACAGCAGCAGAUCAGCAGAAGAUGAGGGAUGUGUUGUGUUUCUC